AGUGCACUCCUUCGUGUCAAGAGAAAGACAGUAGACGAAGAAGAAGACUCUGCGCUGGCACUCUCACCUCGCAGCCCCACACAAGCCUAUACUCUUCUCAGCCUCCAUGGCUCACAGACACAGCUCUUAUAAAUUGUUUCAAACGCAUAUACACAUUGCCCCAUUUAAAUACAGAUUCCAUCAAGUAGAGGGGAGAGGAGAGAAGUGGGAGGAGAGAUGGGUUGGAGAGGGAUUCUGGGUUUUGAGUAUGGAAUAGUUCAGGCACCUCUGGGACCUGAUAUUUCAGGUCCAGAGCUUGUAGCUGCUGUUGCUAAUGCUGGUGGACUUGGUCUCCUCAGAGCCCCAGAUUGGGAGGCACCAGACCAUGUGAGAAGGCUGAUAAGGAAUACUCGAACCUUGACUGACAAACCAUUUGGGAUAGGUGUUGUGCUGGCAUUUCCUCACAAGGAAAAUAUAAAGGCUAUUCUGGAUGAAAAGGUCGCUGUAUUACAGGUUUCCUGGGGUGAAUGUCCAAAGGACCUCGUCCUUGAAGCUCAGCAAGCUGGGGUCAAGAUUGUUCCCCAAGUUGGGAGCUUUGAAGAAGCAAGAAAAGCUGCUGACGCAGGUGUAGAUGCAAUAAUUGUCCAAGGACGUGAAGCAGGAGGGCACGUUAUUGGUCAGGAUGGAUUGAUUUCAUUGUUGCCAAGAGUAGUUGAUCUUGUUGGUGGGAGAAUACCCGUAAUUGCUGCUGGAGGAAUUGUGGAUGAGCGUGGUUGCGUUGCUGCCUUGGCCCUUGGAGCACAGGGUGUCUGCCUAGGCACAAGGUUUCUUGCAACAAGGGAAAGCUAUGCUCACCCAACAUACAAGCUGAAGUUGGUUGAACACGACAAAACCGAGUAUACAGAUGUAUUUGGCCGUGCAAGGUGGCCUGGUGCACCACAGCGUGUCCUGAAAACACCUUUCUUCAUGGACUGGAGAACUCUUCCGAGUCAUGAAAAUGAGGCCAAUCAACCAGUCAUUGGUCGUUCAACCAUACAUUGCAUGGAAAAAGAGAUUCGUCGUUUUGCUGGUACUGUUCCCAAUGUGACGACAACUGGUGAUAUUGAAAGCAUGGCGAUGUAUGCCGGUGAAGGCGUGGGCCUCAUUAAAGAAAUUCUACCUGCAGGUGAAGUGGUAAAGAGGCUUGUUGAAGGGACUCAACUUCUGAUCCAACAACAAUUUCAUGGAGAGAAAUUGUAAGCGGAGGCCCUCUGGAGAGCUAAUGGCUAAAAGGGACUUUCAAAUUGUUGUCUGUUUUUUGCAAUAAUUCGGAUAAUGGUUCACAUUGGAGAGAGAUUAUGCAACACUGAAAAUAUGCAGUGUUUGCUAAAGCUCAUCCAAAUUGUGCUAUGUAUUUCUCUCUCACACAGGGUGUGAUGUGUGUGUGUUUGUGUUUGUGUUUGUGUUUUUGGCUUUGCUAAUUGAAUAAAUUGUGUAAUGAUCAUUCACAAUUCUGGCUAGGGAAUUCAAAAUUUAUUUUUUGGUACCA